AUGGCAAAGGGAUCCUGUAGUAACAACUAUGAAGAAGCUAGAAAACUAAGACUUGAAGAGAACAAGAAGAGGUUUCAGGAUUUAGGAAUUUCAACAAUAUCUAAAAAAUUGACCGAAAUUGUAAGUGCAAGUCCAGCAAAGAAGUCCCAGAAUCGUCUUUACAGACCAAAAUCGAAGACUAUUGUUGUAGUGGAACCUAGGCGUUCUUCUCGUGCAAGAAACCAAGUUCCUUCGUAUCGUGAAGAGUUUGGUACAGACCUUCCAAAUCUCCGGAAGAGUUCGAGGUCGAUUCCGUCAUCAUGGGCAAGUUACAUUGCAAGGCCACUAGAAGAAAUCAAAGAAGCUACAAAUCAAGAAAGAAAUCAUGCUUUGGAGGCUGCAGAGGCACUCCAAAUCAAUUUGAACUCUUCGAAACCAUCUUUUAUCAAGUCUAUGGUUCGGUCCCAUGUUUAUAGCUGUUUUUGGCUGGGUCUUCCAAGUAGAUUUUGUGAGGAACAUCUUCCAAAAACAGUGUAUAACAUGGUUUUAGAGGAUGAAGAAGGAUCAGAAUAUGAGGCUGUUUACAUUGGGAGUAGAACUGGGCUUAGUGGUGGCUGGAGAGCAUUUGCAUUGGAACAUAAGUUGGAUGAUGGCGAUGCACUUGUUUUUGAAUUGGUUGAAGCUGCAAGAUUUAAGGUUUAUAUUGUUAGAGCAUUUCCAGAUGCAUAUGAAGAAGAGAAAGAAGAAGAAAACAACACUUUGGUGGAAGAAGAAAAUAUGCACUUGUCCAAAGCAACAAAAGAAUCUAAGGCUGCCAAUAAUCGCGAAUCAGAACCGAAGACUAAAAAGCAAAAAUGUGCCACUGUAUGUGAAACUAAGGAAUCAAAGAGUUCUGAAGAAAGCCUGUUAGAAAGUAGCAUUGAAAAAGAUGCUAAACCACAGAGGACAAAUGUGAGUAGAAAAACUAAAUCAUCUCAGAAAAAAAUGCCAAAAAAGUCUGAACUACCUACCACACCUGAUUCUGCAGCAAAAAUUGAAACACCGAAACCAAAGGCAACUAUAAGGAACACUAGAUCUUCUCAGAAAACAAUGCAAAAGAUAUCUGAAGUUUCUACUACUCUUGAGCUGAAAGAGGAAGCACAAGUUAAAACGACGAAGAAAGAACUUGUUCAGGAAGAUGAUAUUAAGUUAAAGAAAGUUAAGUCAGUUGGAAGACCUCGAAAAAACCCAGCUCCUAAAAAUCCAGUCUCUAAGUGA